AUGAAGAUCUUUGGUUUGAAUUUGUCUCCAAAAGAGUCUAUCGAGAACUAUCCUGGAAUCCUUGUUCCUCUCUCGCAAGCUCACCGUCGCUCAGCCCUUGAAAUAAAUGAUGGGACCAGAAGACCAAGUACAAUCGAAAAGUCUAGUAUCUCUGAUGCCGAGAAAGGAAAUGCCCCUCGACGCUCGACCCAAGAAAUUGAAAAAUCCGAGGCUUCUACAGCAAUUGAAGAUUUAAGGGCUGAGAUCCUAGCCGAGGUAGAUGAUGAACAGCAGGGUAGUGCAUAUGAAUUAAAGAGCUUAGUUAUAAACAAAGCAAUUCAGGAUAUUGGAAUGGGCAAAUAUAAUUGGGAACUAUUUUUUCUUUGUGGCUUAGGAUGGUUUGCGGACAACUUAUGGUUUCAAGGAAUAGGACUCACACUUCCUGCUCUAUCUGAAUCCUUCGGAAUCUCAGAAAAUCAUGUACGGUAUACCACUUGCUACUUCUUCUUCGGUCUCUGCAUCGGCGCCAGUUUCUGGGGAGUAGGAUCCGAUAUCAUGGGACGGAGAUUAGCUUUUAACGCUACGCUACUAAUUGCAAGUAUCUUUGGCACAGCCGUAGGUGCGGCACAGUCAUGGAUAACCGUUUGCUGGCUCUAUCUUUUCCUCGGAUUUGGCAUUGGAGGCAAUAUACCUGUGGAUGGAGCAUUAUUUUUAGAAUUCCUUCCUAAUGCGUCAAGUCAACUCUUAACUCUCUUAAGUGCAUGGUGGCCAGUAGGCCAACUUGUUGCUUCUCUACUCGGAUGGGCAUUUAUGGGAACACACUUCGCACCAGACAAAGGAUGGAGGUAUUUUCUUUACGCAAUGGGGAGUUUAACUUUCACAAUAUUCAUAUAUCGAUCUUUUUUCUUUAAGUUUUACGAAUCACCAAAAUUUUUGCUAUCGCAAGGUCGUCAGUCCGAAGCUGUGGCGGUUAUACAUGGCAUAGCAUACAGAAAUAAAACUACAACAUGGCUUACCGAAGAGAUUCUCAAUGAAAUUGGUGGUGAUCUAGAGGCUACUGCUGGGCCAACCCUUACACCUUCCCAGGUGCUUCGGCGAAAACUGGCAUCUUUUUCUACAAAACGCAUAGGACCGCUAUUCGCUACAAAAAAACUCGGGCUCAAUACAGCUCUACUUUGGUUUUGUUGGAUAACUAUUGGGUUAGGCUACCCUUUAUUUAACAGUUUUCUCCCACAGUAUCUCGCAAAGGGCGAGAGCGCAUCCGGGGAGCCAGUAUCUAUCCAAGAAACAUACCGUAACUACGCAAUUGCUUCUGUAACGGGCGUUCCAGGAUCACUACUGGCCUGUUAUACAGUUGAAGUAGCUUUUAUUGGUCGCAAGGGAACGAUGGCUACAGCUACACUACUUUCGGCUAUCUUUCUAUUCCUAUUCACAUCAACACACUCUGCCGCCUAUCAGCUUGCCUUUGCAUCAAUUCUAUCAUUCUUUCAAAACAUUAUGUACGGCGUCUUGUAUGCAUAUACGCCAGAAGUUUUCCCUGCACCCAGUCGCGGCACUGGGACAGGAAUUUCAAGCUUGCUGAAUCGAAUAGGUGGUUUGUGCGCGCCUAUUAUCGCGGCAAAUAUUCCCGUUGGUAACCCAAACGACCCGAUCCUUGGGAGUGGCGGGCUCAUUUUGGCUGCGUUCGUUGCCAUGCUUUUCCUGACAAUUGAGACUAGGGGAAGGCAGAUACUGUAA